AUGCCGAGAAGUGAUCGAACGGUGGCUGCGCGGUCAGCCCGAGAAGCUGCUGCUGGUGCUGCUGCUGCUACGAUCUCAUCAGCGGGGAUGUUUGGAGUUGAGAGUGGGGAAGGAGUAUCGGCUGGAUCGAUCCCUGCAUCAACAGCAUCAACAUCAGGAGAAUCGAGGGAAGGUAGUGGAGGAGGAGGAGGAGACAAGGGACCGAUAUCGCACAAGGUGAAGCUGUUGCCCAAACGGUCUUCGGUGCGGGUAGCCUGCGGAAACUGUCGACGCAGGAGGAUCAAGUGCAGCGGAUCGCGGCCGUCGUGCAGACAGUGCACAAACGCCGGCGAAGAAUGCGGUUACGACGCGAACGAGGGGGAGACGGUCUCCAUCGCCAUACGGAGGAGGCUCGACGAGGCGGAGAAGGAGAACGACCACCUCCGCAGGAUGGUGGGCAUGCUGGCAGCGUGCGAUCCCGAGGUCGCGCGCGAGGUGCUGGCCCACGUAGCCAGCGCCAUACAGUCGCCCGAGGGGGCCUGGGACGUGCUCCUCGAUGAGGGCAUCUGGAGUCCCAUCACGGGGAUGAGCGACGAUGCCGCUGCCGAAGAGGUGGCGGCCAAGCUGGCUGAUACCAAGAUGGAAGAAGAUGAUCGAUCGACAGAUCCAGCUCAGCAAACACAAGGGUCAGACAGGUUGGAAUGGUCAAGCCCCAGGCAGGUGACGGACAAGACGCUUCCCGGCCCCACCGGCACCGUCGCCGUCGACACGAGCAGCUUCCAGCACCUGCUCCCGUGGCGGACGAGCUCCCGCUUCUCACUGAAGGGACGACCGCGCAUAGCGGUGACGUCAUGGCAGCCGACGGUGCUGUCGCUGCCCCGGCGGGCGGGCGAGCAUCCGUCGGACGUGGACCGGUGGACGCGUACGGGCUGGAGUCGCACGCACGUCCAACACCUCCUGGACGUUCUGCUGACGUGGGACGUGCUGCCGUUCUGCCUGGUGAACCGCGACGCCUUCCUGGCCGACUACCACAGCGGGUCGGAGCAGUUCUGCUCGUCGGCGCUGGUGCACGCCACGCUCGCGCUGGCCACCCAGCUCAUCAACGAGGGCGGGGACAAUACGAUGUCGCUGCCCUCCGGGUGGAUCGGCAGCAGGCUGUUCGCCGACGAGGCCGAGAGCAUCAUCCGCGACGAGAGGCCGCCGAACUCGAUACCGAACAUACAGGCUUUCGGCAUGAUGUCGUUCUACUACCUGCGGCUCGGGGGAGAAGACCACGCGCAGCGGCUGGCUGAUGAGUGUGCGGCCAGGAUACUGGAUCUGUGCCGUCAAGAGGGGGACGGGGGUGACUACGUGUUUAGGAGGGUGAGGGCUAUCACAAUGCUAUCCCUCACUACAGGCCGACCAUACAAGAGUCCGGACAUCACAGCACAGGAGGACCUCCUCUUCCCCGAUCAGCUCUCGCUGUGCGGCGGCGUUGCCGACUCUUCCUUCCCGUCUCGGCUCCUCGAGGGAGGGUUCGACACCGAUACGGCGACGACCGGCCAGCCGUACGACGUACAUCUCAUUGCCGCGCGGCUGUACGAGCUGACGGACCUGGUGCACCGGUUCGUCAUGUCUGUCGAGAGCGGGCAGCAGAGCCAGCAGGAGGGGAACCCGGACGGCAUGGCGAUUACGGCCGACCGUGUCAAGGAUGUGUAUGUCAAGUGUCUGAGCUGGUACGAGGGGAUACUGGCGCUGCUGAAGGCCGACGGGAGUCACACGCCCUUUGUUCUCUUUGUCCACAUGUACUACCAUUUCUGCCUCCUAUGCGCUCUCAAACCAUUCAUCAACCUAUCGCUAGGAAGGAAGACGGAUGUGGAGCCGUACGAGAUAACCACCAACGCGGCACAGUCGGUCCUCUCCCUGGUCCAAUCAUACGAUGACAUCUUCACGCUGAGGCGCACGUCGGCCCUGGUGCCCUACCUCGUCUGCGCUUCGGGUCUGUUCAGCCUCGGGCUGGAGGACGUGGGAUCCCUGAUGGAGCCGGUGCACCUGCCGGUGGGAGACGAGACGCCGCUCCGGCAGAGGGCGGCGGGACCGCACGAGCACAGGUCGCCGCGGUACGGCAAGCCGCCCACCGGCAAGGUGGCCCGGGAGACGCCGCCUCCUUCGCACGUGAGGGUGUCGGUGUCGAGCCAUGCGGCUAUACUGCUGGAGAAGAUGGGAUCGACGCUGCCGGCGGCUAGGGAGGCCGGGAAGCUGCUUCAGAGGGAGAUUGAGGCUUCCAAGGAUGUCAUGGCUGGCUGA